AUGGAGAAAGAGAAGGAACACUUUAGUGUUUCAGGGUCUUCUGGUAUUAUACUAUCUGAUGAUUCACAAUUUCUCAACGCAGAUAAAGUUGGACAUGAUCUAAGCAGAUCAAUUGAGUCAUAUGACACUGGUAGUGAGACUGGUAAUAGUAAACAGGAUUUCUAUUGUGGGUUUUCCAUGGAAUCGACGAGUGGAAGGUUGAGUGAGGCUGAUUUGAGAGGAUACUUCGGCAAGUAUGGGGAAGUGAUGCAUGCUUUGGUUCUCUCAGACAAAGAUCGAAGAGGGUUUGGCUGUGUUACUUUCAAAGACCUAGAAACUAUUAAUAUAGUCAUUCGAGAAGAAUCUUCGGUAGAUGUGAAACCACCCCUGUGCAUUAGUGAGAGUAUCCAAGAACAGAAUAACCACUCAGAACAACUGCACAAUAAUGGAACUAGUAUUAAUAAGAAGAUUUUUGUAGGUCGUCUUCCAAGUGAUCUGACUGAGCUGGAAUUCAAGGACUACUUUUGA